AUGGACACCGUUGCGGCCGUUCUAGCUGCCUUCACGCCAACUCAGGCCGCCGCUCAUUCCGUCAAGAAGUAUGAUGCUGCUAUUCGGGAUCAUGUCGCAGCUUUGACGUCGCUGUUGGCGAACCAGCGGGAGGUCAUCAGUACCAAUGCUAGCCAAAUCCUACAAAACAUUGACCCCUCGAUCGACUCUAUCACAUUUCAAGCCAUCCUCCUUCUCUCACUACAAACAUCGAACCCCGCACAUGGUGGCGAACGAAGCACACUCUUGGACGAGAUCCUCCGAUUCCUUCUCAACUUCAACCCUCUCCAGAUACGAUAUGUGGGCUCGGAAUUCCGAAAGCUUCUUGAAUACGUCGCAGCAGGCACGCUAUUUACGACAAGGGUUACUGUAGAGGCUUUGGCUGCUGCUAUACUGCGACUCGAUCCCACAGGAAGCAUGUUCACAUCUACCCAUCUUACACUGGCCAAGAUUGCCUAUUCAACAUCCUGGAUUGAGCCCGCUCUCAAGGUUCUCGAUUGCGAUCUUACGUUCUACCCUGGUAUGGCGGGCCAGAAGGACGCCAAACUCUUAUGUGAUAGUAGCCUGCAUCCCGCUUCCUUCAUUUCAGUUGACACAGGUCUUACUGGGGAUGUGAAGAGCUCUGCCGUCCUGGAGUAUAAUCACCUUGCGGCGCAAUGCUACAUGUCACGACGAAACUGGACCAAAGCCUACCGGGCUCUCGAGCGCGUCAUUACACACCCAGCAAAAGACAAAGGCGUCAGUAAGGUCAUGGAUGAGGCGUAUAAGCGAUGGUUGCUGGUCGGGCUACUCAAGGAUGGGAAAGAGCCAAGUAUUCCAUCAUACACUGCGACGAUAUCCAAGAAUACCUUCUCCACACUAAGUACGCCGUACAAGAGUAUUACCACUUGGUUCACAACAACGAAUGCAGCGCAGCUCAAGGCAGACAUUGAGGCCAACCAACAGGUUUGGGAAGAAGACGGCACCUCAUCGUUGAUUUCCGAGGUAGUGGCGGCGUACCCAAAGUGGCAAAUCAUCAACCUCUGCGACAUAUAUGUACGGGUGUCCAUUUCUCAAGUGCGUCUCUCGACACUCAGUGCCGAGACAGGGGAAUUCCUCGCAGACGACGAUGCCACCACAUGCUUAGUUCAAGAUAUGAUUGAUUCCGGUCUGUUAAAAGGCGAGCUACAGCCGGGCAACAAUGGCGGUGAACUCUAUCUGCACUUCCACGACGACAAUGAGGCGAUGACAGAGGCAAAGUUUGCCCAGCAGAUUGCCCAGCGUUACCAUAAUAUUGAAAGUCUUGGAAACCAGUACAAGGCAGCCAACGAACGGUUGGGUAAUAGCAAGGAGUACGUGAAACACGCUGUUAGGGAACAGAAGCGGGCAGAUAAAGACCCCGCAGAUCCUGGAGUGGGCUUCGAUUCUCUAAUAGAAGAUGAGGACCUUAUGACAGGCAUCACACCAACUGCCUAA